GAGCAGCGUGCCGAGCACGAAGCCAAGUUGCAGGAGCUGGACAAGCAGCAGCAGCAGCAGCAGCAGCAGCAGCAGCGCAAUGGCAGUCGAGAGGAAGACCAGACUUCCGACAAGCUCGGCAUUCAGAAGGCACUUGAGGAGCAGCAAAGUCAACACCAGCUAUCGCUUCAGCGCGCGCUUGAGGAGAGAAAGAUGCUGAGCAGAGAGGGAAGUUGGAGGAGCAACAAGCGCAACACCAGAAGGCGCUUCAGCAUGCGCUUGAGGAGAGCAGCGUGCCGAGCACGAAGCCAAGUUGCAGGAGAUGGACAAGCAACAGCAGCAGCAGCAGCGCAAUGGCAGUCGAGAGGAAGACCAGACUUCCGACAAUCUCGGCAUUCAGAAGGCACUUGA